AUUAUUUUUACAGUAAUUGUGAUUAAACAUCGUAUUGAUUUGAGGCUGACUUGGAUUUGUUAAUAUCAAGCCGUCUGCAGCUGAUUGUGUUUCCAGUCGACAGAUAUUUAAGCAUAAAUGGCAAGUAAUGUGACGAGAGGCAGAUUUUUAAUUGGCAAAUGCAUCGCGCACAACAUAGAAAAUGCUGCCCAAGUUCGGGUACAGCGGAUGAAGUUUGACAGCAAUUUAAAUAUGUAUUUUUCAGAACAUAAACACUACUAUGCUCAUGACCCUGAGCAACAGUGCAAAGAUGGGGAUAUUGUGCUGAUCAAGGAACUUCCCGAGAAAAUGACAAAAGCAAUAACACAUUCCUUAGUGAAAAUGAUAUACAAGUAUGGUGAUGUGGUAGACCCCAUCUCUGGCAAGAAAGUUGUGUUGAACAAAUUCAGGGAUCAAGUAAGCAAACGUAAUGAAAUGUUCGGAGUGGCUGAAGAUGGCUCGGGAGGCUUUAAUUAUGCUGAGGCGCCAGACAGAGGCUGGCAGGAAGGAAAAAAAGAUCUCACACAUAAGGUUGGUUAUAAGAAAUGGCAUGUGUUCGAGCCUGGCCAUCCACUUCAUGAUGAUCCUGUAGCCAGCUAAAGUUUUGCAGUUUACAUUUAUGUUGGUUAUAAGAAAUGGCAUGUGUUCGAGCCUGGUCAUCCACUUCAUGAUGAUCCUGUAGCCAGCUAAAGUUUUGCAGUUUACAUUUAUGUACGUAUAUUAAUCACUUAAUUUGUUUAGAAGAAUUUAUAAAAUGUACAAAUACACACUCUUAAUUUGCUAA